AUGGUUCAACCGGAGGAAACCAGAGCUAUGUUGGGUGAGAUUACAAAUCAGGCAUACAACGAACAAAGAGAUGCAAGAACAAAAAGGUUUAACAUCUUGCGGCAGAAGAGGAAAUUUAGUGAAACAAAUCCAACUCCUACAAAACCUAAACAGUUGAAUAUACAACCAUCUAUUCUACUCUCAGCUGCAUCAGAAAGUUCUGAAAAUCACUGUAUCAUUGAAAGUCACAUUGCUACUGCGAAUAUUGGUAAUCCUCCUAAGAAGAGGAUACAAAGGCAUCAAGAACGCAUAUAUGAAGGUUUCAAAUUUACUGCUAAAGCCACAACUCAACCAGUAUCUUCCUUCUUCAAAAAUAAUAGUCGUGGAACUUCAAGUGUUAGUCAGUGUACUGUUGAUACGACACAACCCACACUAACUAGACCUACUAGACAGUUUCCCUGCAAAUUGUCAAGUCAAAGGACUACACCUCAGCCUAGCAGUCAAAACCGUUGGUCAGGGAAAUCUAUUAUCUCGAGCGUGGACUCAGAUUCAUCUGAUUGCUCAGAAGAUUAUUGGGCAAAUACCAGUGAUGAAGAUCACAAUCAUGACAUUUUGUCGGACACAGACACCGAUGACGAACAGAUCGAUAUUGUACAACGCCGAGCAGUAACCAACCAGGUGUUUGAGCGUUUUGCUCGAGCAUUUGGUGAUUCACUAACCAAAGUUAAACCAAGAUCAACUGCUUCAGUUGUGUCGGCUAAAAAGGAGGAAGCUGUUUACACCAUAGAGUUUCAAAAACGAGGGCUUCCACAUGCGCAUAUUUUGCUAUUCAUGGAUCCGACAGCUAAAUUUCCAAGUUCUGAUGAUAUUGAUCGGAUAAUAUCAGUUGAAAUUCCUGAUAAAAAGGAAGAGCCGCGUCUCUAUGAGGUUGUAAGAGACACAAUGAUUCACGGACCAUGUGGUGUUGUUAACAAGAAUUCACCAUGUAUGAUUGAAGGGCGGUGUACCAAAUUCUUUCCUAGAAAGUUAGUGGAGAAGACUACAGUGGAUUCGCAGGGGUAUCCUAUCUAUCGGAGAAGAGAAGGUGGGUGUUUUGUUGAGAAGAAAGGAAUUCAGUUGGACAACAGGUUUGUAGUUCCUUACAACAAGAAGCUACUUCUCGCUUAUAAUGCGCACAUUAAUGUUGAGUGGUGUAAUCAGUCCCGAUCUAUUAAGUACUUAUUUAAGUACAUCCACAAAGGGCAAGACUGUGUCACAGCGACAGUUACUCAGAAAGUUAAUAAGGAAUCAAGUGGUUCAGGAACAACACAAAAUAGUAGGAAUGAUGGAGAGCAUGUAAACACUGCUGGAGGGUCUGUAGACACUGCAAGAGUAUCAUCAGGUGUUAACGCUGAUGGGGAAACAGUAGGUGGUAACACUAAUGGGGAAGCACUGGAACCAACUGUUGAUGAAAUUAAGAAAUAUUUUGAUGCAAGAUACAUAUCAUCUUGCGAGUCUACUUGGAGAAUUUUGGCAUUUCAUACGCAUUUCCGAAGUACACCAGUUGAAAAGCUAACAUUUCACCUAGAAGGAGACCAACCGGUAAUAUAUAGGGAAGGUGAUACAGUGGAAACUGUUAUGGCUCGCGUGAGUGUGAUGAAAACUAUGUUCUUAGCAUGGUUUGAUUGCUGUGAAGAAUUCCCUGAAGCUAGAUUACUCACCUAUGCAGAAAUGCCAACAAGAUUCAUAUAUGAUGACAAGCAACAAAAAUGGAGAAAACGGAAAAAAGGUUUUGUAAUAGGUAGGUUACAGCAUGUUUCUCCAAGUGAAGGACCAUGUUACUAUCUGAGGGUUUUGAUAAAUAAGAUUAGAGGUCCUCGGUGUUAUGAUGAUAUCAAAACAGUUGAUGGGAUCGUUCAACCGAGUUUUGAAGAAGCAUGUUAUAAGCGUGGUUUGUUGGAUGAUGAUCAAGAAUAUAUUGAAGGAAUAAAAGAAUGUAGCUUUUGGGCAUCAGGACCCUAUGUGCGAAAGUUUUUUGCACAAAUGCUUUUAUCUGAAAGUUUAUCAACUCCCAAAUUGGUGUGGGAAGCAACCAAAGAUAUACUAUCAGAAGAUGUUUUGCACAUUGAGAGAAAAAAGCGGGGAAAUCCAGGUUUGAUAUUGAGUGAAGAACAAAUUCUCAAUUGUACACUUUUGAUGAUUGACAAGAUCUUGCGCAGUAAGAACAGUAGCCUGGAUAAAUGGAAAUCAUUGCCCCAACCCAUUGAUAACAAUCAGUUAAUAUCAGAUAAUCAGGUCUUACAAGAUGAACUUAGCUAUCCUCAGGAUGAGUUGCGCGUAAGUCAUGAAGAAUGGUUUCGACAGUUGACAGAGGAGCAGCGGGCUGUGUAUGAUCAGAUCAUAGGCUCCGUCUAUAGUUCAUUAGGUGGAGUUUUUUUUGUGUAUGCAUUUGGUGGGACAGGCAAAACUUUUUUGUGGAAUAUAUUGUCCGCUGCUAUCCGUUCUAGGGGAGAUGUGGUGCUUAAUGUGGCUUCUAGCGGCAUUGCCGCUUUAUUGCUUCCUGGGGGAAGGACUGCUCAUUCCAGAUUCAGCAUUCCGAUAAAUCCUGAUGAAUUUUCUAUUUGCAAGAUACAACCUGGGAGUGAUCAAGCUGAAUUAAUAUCUAGAGCUUCUCUUAUUAUUUGGGAUGAAGCUCCGAUGAUGAGCAAACGUUGCUUUGAGGCUUUAGAUCGGAGUCUAUGUGACAUUAUGAAGACUACAGAUGAAAGACCUUUCGGUGGAAAAGUUGUUGUUUUUGGUGGUGAUUUUAGACAAAUACUCCCUGAAAUGGGAAAAUUAAUGAGCCAAAUGAUGGAGAAAUCAUGA